ACAACAUAACCGCUUAAUAAAUGUAUUUAACCUCAUUCCUGCUCAUUUAUGUGAUGUGUUUUAGUGUUCCUUUGGAUUUGUUAAAAAUUAAAUUAAAUUAUAUUGGAAAAGUCUGUGAGGAUAGAAAAAUCAUAGGAUGAACUGUGAACAGGUGAUCAACAACGCCGAUUUGUUACUCAGGCAACCGGUGACAGCACGAGUUUCCGCCAUAAAGGAACCUCCAAAACUAAUGAAUGUUAAACAAGAACUUCAAUUCCUCAGACUGACUGACCCCAUCGAAGAACAAAUAUUGGAGACAUUAAAGUACCUUCAUGGACCCGAAUUUAAAUUGAACAGUAUAGCUGACUACAAAGACACAAAUUCGAAUGUUCUGAAAAAAUAUUGGGUUGGGCAGGGCUCCUUGGUGGUCAGAGGAGGUUGUGAUUAUUCACAAAGCAAAGAUGCCCCUUUGGAGGAAGAAGAAAGAUUGAAACUGUUCGCUUUGAUGAGGCUACAAAGUUAUGGAUUCCAUGAAAACCACUGCAUAGAAGCGUUUAAAUACUGUAACAACUCUAUAGAGGAUGCCCUCUACCUUCUCUACUCAAAAUACCUAAAAAUUGAAGACAAAAGUAUGGUAGAACAUGGGUUAACACAGUCAGAGCUUCUGGACAUGCGGGCAGACGAAAAGAGUUCGCUAGAAUCCAUUUAUGAAACGCAGUUUAAAGAAAAAGUCGAAGAUGUUUGGACAGUGAGCAUGAAAGUAGAAUAUCUGUUCAACCUCUUCCAUAAUAAGAAGCCGACUCGGAAGCCGGUUCCGAAGAAGGCUAAAGAAAAAUGCAAAAAUUUUCUAAAGGGGGGUACGUGUAGGUUCGGGUCCAAAUGUCGAUUUUCUCAUGAAGUGGACGUGGUUGAAAAUGACGACAAUGCGCACCUAGAACAGCAUUGCUUCGAACUGGAGUUUCGCUUUCAGAAAAGUUCCAAUUAUCCGUAUGAGCCUCCGAUGAUUUUUCUAAAAUCUAACGUUUGUAUGCCUCCGCUUAUGUCUUUGCAUAUUUGUAAACGACUGCACCAGGAAGCUCAAUAUUUGGCUCUAGAUGGUAUUCCCUGCGUUUACGGAGUUACGGAAUUGUUAAAUAACGAGGACAUUAUUAAGGAACAUCUGAAGACAGAUGUGGAAUUUUUACAUCCCAAGCAAAAGCUAUUUUCCAGUGAAAUAAUUGUAAAGAGCUUCAAAUCACGUCCCACGCACUACCGCAAAGGGGCUACCAGCAAGGACAAUAAACGACGCCUUACUAUAGAUGAAAUUGCCAAGGAAGACGAACGAAUCAUCAGAGACUUCAGUGAGAAAAAGCUGAGUAGCAAGUACGGUGAAAUGUUGGGGGCCAGGAAAAAGCUUCCUGCUUGGACGUUGAGGAACGAUAUUUUGAAUUUCAUCCAGCAGUCGCAAGUGGUGGUCAUAAGCGGUGAGACUGGAUGCGGCAAAAGCACUCAAGUGCCCCAGUUCAUCCUUGACGACUGGAUUUCCAACUAUAAUCAGAAACAUUUGGAAAUAGUGUGCACGCAGCCCAGGCGAAUAUCAGCCAUCGGUGUGGCUGAGAGGGUGGCAAACGAGCGAUUAGAGAACGCUGGAAGCACAGUCGGUUACCAAAUAAGGCUGGAAAGCAAAGUUUCAUCGCGGACAAGGUUGACCUUUUGUACUACGGGAAUUUUGUUGAGACGACUGGAGAGCGAGCCUACACUGCCCAAUGUGACGCAUAUCAUUGUAGAUGAAGUCCAUGAAAGAAGUGAUGAAAGCGAUUUUCUUCUGCUCAUCCUCAAAGAUUUGUUACCACUCCGCUCGGACCUUAAGGUGAUCCUCAUGAGCGCCACGUUAAACGCAGUGUUAUUCUCGGAAUAUUUUGGUGAUAUUCCCGUCAUUAACAUACCAGGCCGGACAUUCCCUGUCGAACAGUACUACUUGGAAGAUAUCUUAGAAGCGACCGGGUACAUACUGGAGGACGGUUCAGAGUAUUGCAGGAAAAUGAAAAACGACUCUGAGUACAUUGAUGCAGUGAUGGCGGGCAACGAAUUGACUGUGAUCAAACCCCGAGACAAUAUCAGGGAUGAAAACUUAACAGUGCAACAAAUGAUGGCAAGAUACGAGGAUUUCAGCCCCAAAACGUGCAAAACUCUCUUUUUAAUGGAUUCGGACAAAAUAAACAACGACCUGAUAGAGACGAUCUUGAUGUGGAUCGUUAAUGGCAGUCAUGAUUACCCAAAAUCAGGCACCAUUCUCGUGUUUCUGCCUGGUAUAGGAGAAAUCACUUCCCUUUACGACCAGUUGGUGGUGCAUGAGGAGUUCGGUCGGAGACGCCGCAAAUACAUUGUGCUGCCAUUACAUUCCUCCCUAACCAGCGAAGAACAGGCGGCGAUUUUCAGCAAACCGAAAAACGGCGAACGUAAAAUCGUCAUCUCGACCAAUUUGGCUGAGACCUCAGUGACCAUUGAUGAUUGCGUGUUUGUGAUCGAUUCUGGAAAGAUGAAAGAAAAGCAUUUCGACUCAAAUCGAAAUAUGGAAAGUUUGGAAACCGUUUGGGUUACGCAGGCCAAUGGAUUGCAACGUAAAGGACGCGCUGGUCGCGUGAUGCCCGGAGUCUGUAUCCAUUUGUAUACAAGACACCGAUUUAUGAACCAUUUUUUGCCGCAACCUAUACCGGAAAUACACCGAAUUCCUCUCGAACAACUUGUAUUAAAUAUCAAAGUGUUGCCUGGACUCUGUGAACGGGACGUCAAUGAGGUUUUAGGGUCGUUUAUCGAACCACCAAUCCCAGAAAAUAUCACGUCAGCCAUAGGACGAUUGCAAAGUGUUGGCGCUAUUGACAAAGCAGACAAUCUCACCCCUCUGGGACACCAUUUAGCCUCAUUGCCUGUCGAUGUGAGGAUUGGUAAACUGAUGCUUUAUGGCGCGAUGUUUGGCUGUGUGGAUGCAGCUCUCACAAUUGCUGCUUGCCUCAGCCACAAAAAUCCGUUUGUUUCUCCAUUUGGCAAACGAGAUGAAGCCCACAAGAAGAAAAUGACGUUUUCAGCCCACUUUAGCGAUCAUAUUACUGUUCUGAUCGCUUAUAAGAAAUUUUUGGAGAUGUGCAAAAAGAGUCCUGCCGCAGCGCGGAACUUUGCAAACGAAAACUACCUUUCCCACAGAGCUCUGUUUACGAUAGCCGACAUAAAGUAUCAGUUCCUGGAACUGUUGGUUGAUAUUGGGUUCGUGUCUGUUGAUUUGAGCCGCAAUAAGCGAAGAACUGGCAAAGACCUCGUGCAAGACAUCACCGGCUCAGAGUUCAAUGCKAAUGGGGAAAACUUUCGAUUACUGUCAUCGAUUUUGUGUGCAGCUCUAUAUCCGAACAUUGUAAAGGUGCUCACUCCAUCCAAAACGUACAUUCARAGUGCGGUUGGGGCGGUCCCAAAGCAGAAUGAAGCCAAGGAUAUUAAAUUUGCCACCCCCAAGGAAAUGGUUUUUAUGCAUCCAAGUUCAGUGAAUUACACAAUCAAUAGCUUUCCUAGUGCAUACUUGGUCUACCAGGAAAAAGUGCGAACUAGCAAAAUAUUCUUUAGGGAUUGUACUAUGGUGCCCGUAAUUCCUCUGGUGUUGUUCUCCGGAGACCUAGAGAUUAUCGUGCAAAAUGGAAGCACGUUUCUAACUUUGGAAGAUGGGUGGAUUUUGUUUCAAGUCGAAGAGCACAAGACAGCGGAAAUGAUCAAAAUGAUCAGAACGGAGUUAUACAAUUUGCUGGAAGAGAAGAUCAAGGAUCCCCUGUUGAACUUGCGGCACAAUGAUCGUGGGGACCGGGUCAUAUCGACUAUUCUACAGCUACUUAACUUGUGAUCACUAAUUAGAUUAGUGUAUAAGGUUUGUUAUCGAGGAAAAAUAAAUGAAGUAUAAUUUGUUA